AUGGAAGAGGAAAAGAAGGAUGAAUUAAUGCUCGAGAUGGAAGCGAGGAUAUAUGCGCCUCUACAGUGGAAAUCACUUGCGCCAUGCAAGAUCCAAGAUCUUAAGGCAGCGCAGUACGAGGAAGCUUUGCGCUUGAUAAAACAUCAUUUCUUUCGAGAAGAACCGAUGUGCAAGGCGGCUUCCUUGCUGGAAGACUCGAGAUCUGUAAACGCGUUCCUGGAUCUCAUAAAAACAUGGAUGAAGGACAGCACCAGUUUGGUCGCGCUCAGUUUAACAUCGGGGCGUGUUAUUGGAGUCGCUGUUACUCGAGUCAACAGUGAAUCGGAUAGAUCUGAUACGUAUAAUCGUAUACUAAAAUUCGAAGGGGACACUCUGGAAGAUAUUAUGCAUCUUAUCAAUGCAGUGAUAAAGCAAACGAAUGCAUAUAGAGAAUUCGAUAGCGACGUAUAUUUUCGUAUUUAUAUUCUCUGCGUCCAUCCGUCUUAUCAGAGAAAAGGCAUCGGUACGUCCCUUCUGGCAGCCUGCGUCCAGGUUGCUUCCACGCUGAAAAUGCCAGCAAUCGGUGGUGUGUUUACAUCGGGCCUCAGUCAAUCGCUGGCGACGAAAUUGGGCUUCAAUCUUGUCUCGGAAAUUCGCUACAGCCGCUGGGUGGUCAACGACAAGGUCGUAUUCGACGAUCCCGGCAAAGGAAAUUACUCGGCCGCUUUCCUGGGAAUGAGGAUUCCUGUCCAAGACUCUACUCGCGAAUUCUAACGAUCAUGUGUUGAUAAAGUGAAGACGCGUGUUAACAUAAAGCUGAAACAGCGACAGUUACAUUUACAUCGAUCGAUUGUCGUCGGUAACACGCGAGGUAGUUUUCUUAUGCGGAUAAAGCAGAGAAUGCAAUCGUAUCUAUUUUGACAAGU